GUCAGAUGACCUGGAUGGAGAGAUAGACCUGAUGUCCUGUAUGAACGUCCAAGACUUUGACGUGGAGAAGAACUAUGGAUUCCAGAUACAUACAAAGAAAGCAGUGUUCACUCUGUCAGCCUCGACCUCCAGGAUCAGGAGGAAGUGGGUUAAUGUGCUGAGACGGACUAUCCAACCCAGACACUCUUCAGACAUCACACCACGGUCAGACAGUGAAAGAGAAAACGCUCAGCCUGUGACGUCUCGCCAGCCUCCCUCUGUGCUCACCUGUGAAGACUCCGACCCUCAAACCACUAACUCCACCUCCAACCUUUGUCAAAUGGACUCUUUGGCCCCGGAUCUAGAUGACACCUCCCCCAACAUGUCAUCAGACAGUCAGAGAGAGGCAGGAGAGGGCUGGGACAGAGAGCAAGCCAAGCGAUUGGAGGAGAGGAACAGAUGGUUUGAGGAGGGGAUCCCCUUCAGAGAGAUGGGUAGCAGAUGGGACUCUCUGGAUCUGAAGAAAGCCAGCGUACCUGUACCUGUCACUCACACCAUGGACGUGGACGUCAACAAUAAGUGGGUGGAGUUCGAGAGUCUAACAUUCAGGGAGAUGAGCGCGCUGUCUCUGAUUGGUGCACAGACUAAUCAGACCAAUCAGACGAUUCCUAAUCAGACGAUUCAGACGAACAUUGCAACGGCCCUACAGAGGGAGGCGCUAUCACUCAGGCAGCAGGUGGAGUGUCUGCGUAAGGAGCGUGUGGAGAUGGGGAUGGAGGUGGAGGUGGACAGUCUGUGUGGACCCUGGGCCCCCUGCGGCCAGCGUCUGGAGGCCAUGGAGGCGACCCACCGCAGGGCCCUGAUGGAGCUCCAGGAGAGCCAAGCCAGCGAGGUCCAAGAGCUGCAGAGACAGAGAGAGAGACUGCUGCAGGAGGAGAGCCAGGCCACGGCACAAGCAGUUGAGGCCCUGAAGGAGGCUCACAGGGAGGAGCUGGAGAGGGAGGUGGAGAAAGCCAGAAGGAUGACUGAAGGGGGUGGCCAUAUGGAUACUACAUACAGAGGACAGACGCCCCAGGCGAUUGCCCUCCACAGUGAGUUGGACGUUCUGUCAGAGAGAUAUUCCCAGAAGUGCCUGGAGCUGAACCGGGCCGAGCAGAGAGGAGUUAGGGAAACAGAGCUGAGCUGGAAGGACAGAGAGAUGGAACAGCUCCGCAGAGAGAACCAGGAACUGCAGGCUCGUCUGACUGAGGAGAUCAGCCGCAUGCGCCACUUCAUCACAGGUCAGAGGUCAGGAAAUGUCUCCCCUGGCAACUGUGAGCGCAGUCCCUCGGAAUUGGAAAUGCUGCUACGAGCAAAGGAGAUUGAGGCCGAGUACCUACAAAAAGAGAUUGGCUGUCUAAGGAAUGAAGUGCAGUCUCUAACUAAGGAGAAGCAGAGUUUGUGUGACCGCUUCAAGGAGGGGUAUGUGGAGCUGAUUGGGAUGAAGGGUCGCAGUGAGCUGGAGAUCAGGGAACUCAGGGAGCACCUCAGACUGGCUAAUGCAGCGCUGCAUGAGGGGAGAAGAGACACCUGAGACUGGCCAACGCAGCACUGCAGGAAGGGGGGAGACACCUCAGACUGGCUAAUGCAGCGCUGCAGGAGGGGAGACAAGACACCUGAGACUGGCCAACGCA